AUGGCUAAUAAAGGUGACGAUGAGCAUGAAAUUACGCGAUACAUACUCUACGGAUAUAUCGGCAUACAUCUCAGGAAAAUUGAUAUUAAAGAACGGCAGAAAAGUGCAACGACGAAAAUGUCGUUCUUAACACCACUGCAGUUCGAAUGCCUUGUAAAAGAUGUUAAGACAGAAAUAAAUCGACGCAUAACCAAAAGAGACGCACUAAAGGAGGAUAAUAUGAGACUUUCUAGCUUAUCAGAGCUCAAGUUUAGAGACCUUGUGAUCGAUUUAUUCUUAGUAUUUAACAAGAAGUUUCCCUCUAAAAGGUAUGAUAGCACAGAGGAAACAGAAGUAAUGAUUUAUAACUUGGAAAACCUCAUUCAUUCAUUGAAAAAUGAGAAUGAGAGCAUCAUGAGGAACCUUCGAACAAUAGGUUCUGUUUUCGAAAAGAUCAGGAUAUACCAGAGCUAUCUGAAAAGUGAAUUCGGGAAGCAGAACAAGAACACUCAGGUCAUUGAUUACAUGGAUACGGUGUUCGAUUCACAUGAUUGCCUACUGCUCGAGAUUUUGAAUUGUCCUGACUACAUGACCAACAUCGCUGACAGAAAACUAAAAAACAACCGCAAUUACGAGGAUCUCCGCACGCAAUACAAGUAUAUGCAGAGGUUAGACCAUCAAAAUGGGCAAAAAGAGUAUGCUCUGGAGAUUGUUGAGCUGCUGCUUUUUAAAGACUCGUACGAUCGAGAAACGGAUGAGACUUUAUAUCUGCUGAGAAAUUACGACAAAAUCGAUCACGACUACGAUAACCGGCUGGAAAUGAUGAUUAUAAGAAUUCACGAUCAGGCACAAAGGCUAGGCUUCAGCGAUAAAGCUGAAAAGCUGAAGAAUAUGAAGGUCCCUGUUGAAAAAAAAGAAAGAGGUGAUUUAGUUUGUUUUUUAGCCGAAGUAUUGAAAAACAUAAUUGUAAAGGACCGUAACAUCGGAGAUCUUAGAUGA